UUUCCCCCCGGGCCCCUCGUGUCUAGAACCAUUAAGCGUUUUCCUUUCUUAGCGGGGUACAGCAUGUGUCGUAAGCAGGCUCAGCUGUUUGGUUCAUUUCCCGAUCAUCGUCCCAUAUGCUGCAUAGUUACAUGGCCAGAAACCCUAUCCCCGUCCGUAGCGUCUGUUCAGUCUAUAAAUCACCCUUGGGUGCCGGCCCUGGUGCUCGAAUCAGUGUCUGUCUCCGUCUUCCAGAGUCUUCCUUGUUACUGCAGUUCCUCACUAUCGAGUGUCUCCUUUGUGCCCUUGUCCUUGUCUGCUCCUUGCUUGACCUGAUCCCCGCGCUGUCACGACGAAAACACUCGCUGGCCAGAGAGAUCCUGCUGCCAGCGAGCGAGAAGAGAAGCAAAAAGAUAGUAGAAGACGAGCAGGCAAACCGCCAGCAGAACGGCCUCUCCUUUCUCGUUGCUUGUCGUUGCGAAGUUGCAGUGCACAUGGGGGGCCUUGUCUUCCCUCAGGCCGUGAAGAUGAUGAUGGAGGCCGAGCGAGCCAAUGUUUACUCUUUUUUCCCCACAGCGCGAGAAGUGCCGAUGCCCUUCCACUAUCAACCUCACCUCCACCAGCAGCACCUCCAGCACCAGCUCCAGCUGCACCACCAGCACAGCUUCAGUGCCGGCUUCAACGACGGCUUCAGCGACGGCUACAGCCCCAUCCACCAGUGCCGCCCGGACCUGCUCCUCUCCCGGGUCUACCAGCCGCCGUGUAGCGACUAUCUGGUCCACCACCAGCCCAUCAUGGCCAACUUAGGACCGGACGAGAUGGCCGAGUUCCAGAAGCUCUCCAACGAGUACGAGCCGGAUCUGCAGGGCCCUCUCGUUGGCAUCAAGCAGUCCAGCGUUGCGCUGAGCCAGGAGUAUGCGCAGGCUGAUCCCAUCUAUGUCGCAAAGACAUCGUCUCUGGCGCAGACACACUCUCACUAUCGUAUCAUGAAGGGAGAUGGCAAUUGUGGAUGGAGAGCUGUGGCCUUUGGCUAUUUUGAAAGCCUGUUUGCUCUGCGUGAUCAGGCCAAAAUCGCUCAAGAGCUAGCCCGUAUUAAGAGCUUCAACGCAAUGUUCGAUGCUGUGGGCCAGCAAGAGCAUCUGUACGAGAUUUUUGUUGAUGCUACGGAAGAGCUCUUGAAAAGCAUGGCUGAACAGAUUGCGAACAACAACCAGGACGAGACUUUCAUUGUCGACGCCUUCAACAACGAAUGGAACUCAAACGCAAUCAUCACACACUUUAGGUUGAUGACGGGCGCCUGGAUGCAGCUCAACCGGGAGAGAUACGAAGCUUUCCUGCCCAUGCCGAUAGAGCAGUACUGUUCGAGAACAGUCGAUACCGUCAGAACCGAGAUUGACGAAAUUGGUCUCCAGGCCUUGGUUGACGGAGUUAUCGAGGCGUCUGGUUUUGAUGUUCAGAUUCUCUACCUUGAUCGCAGCCAGGGUGACGAAGUUAAUGCACAUCAACUUACACCACAACGCACUGAUUCCCUUGGGGUUAUCAAACUCCUGUACAGACCUGGCCAUUAUGAUCUUCUUUAUGGCUCACCCCAGUCGCCGACUCCCGUAAAUUACCAGUACUCCAUGACCUGCGAUUUCUCUCCUUGGUAUCCUAACUCUCUCAACUUUGAUCUCAACCCAGUCUUAAUGGCCGUUCCUAGUCUUCCUCUAGACCCGGCAAAUUCUCCUCCGCACCCAGCUCCUGCACCGUCUCCGUACGAGUACUCCUAUCCCAUGAAUCCUCCAGAAAAUAUGAUACCCCAUCACACAAUACCUCUCCCUGAACCCGCCCCGCCCAGACAUGCAACUAUCAACCUCCCCCUUCGCUCCCCUCCUCCACCAGAGGACAAGCCCUCUGAACUACUUAUCCGAAUGAACCCACUUGUUGAUCCAGACAUGAGCUGUCUGCCCUUGACCAUUCCAUUCAGAAACUCCCAUUUCAACCAAGCACACUUCCUUAAUGCUGAGUUUCAGCCUUCCCAAUGGGACCCCAGCGAGAUCUACAAACGAGAAAAGAAACCCUCUAGCCGUUCUGGAUCUUCCUCCGAGUAA